GAUCAUGAAUUAAUUUUUAUAUUAUUGGUUUGAUAUGAUUUAUUAAGUUUAAAAUUCAUAAACUUUAUGAUAUGAGUGUAUUGUGUGUUCUGCCUUUUUAAUGGAUAUAUUGUGUUGGUCCUCUGUCCAUUGUGCGUAACAAUGAGUGUUGUUAAAAUUAUGUCUCACCCUAACAAGAAUUCAGUAUGCUGGAAUUUUUUUUUGUUUUAGGCAGAUUUUUAAGACUUUUCCCUAUUGUCUAUACCAUGGCCCCUCAUUAGAGUCUUAGAUUAUCUCUUUGCUAACAAGUCUUAUUGAGAUCCUUAUUUUGCAAAAGCUUGCUAUUUUUGGGUUAUGUUGGGUUGUUCAACUUUAAUGAGAUCCUUAUUUUGCAAAAACAUGUUAUUUUUGGGUUCUAUACGGUACACAUGUUUAUUUCUAAAAACACAAAUUGGGUUGCUCAACUUUAUUGAAAUCCUUAUUUUGCAAAAGCAUGCUAUUUCUGGAUUAUGUAGGGUAUGGGUACACACGUUGAUUUUCAUGCUAUAAAUUAUAUAACUUCAAAACACAAAUUGGAUUGACUUUAUGUAGGCUGAUGAGUUGCCGGGUAUGCCUCCUGUUGCAUUGGAUAUUUUUGUUGGAAAAACUUUCAUAUUUAAGAUAAAAACUGAUGAUAGUAAGAACGGAAAAUAUGCAAAGAGUUAUUUUGUGUACACAAUGACUGACGCUCCUGAUAUGAUAAAACUUUUCACCUCAAGUGAUGACACAGUAAAGUAUUCGUUGCAAAUUAGUAGUAUUGAUGCAAAUAGUGAGCCAUCUAUUCAAAAGCAUCAAUCUCAUGACAUUGGUGACAUUUCUAUUACAAGUGAAAAUGAUCUUGAAUCAUAUUCUCAGCACAAUGUUACUCCUAUGAAAAGAAUGUCACAUCAAAAUCUUGAUUUUUCUAACAUAGAGGAAAACUCUCCAGCACAAGCUUCCUCAACUAAGGAGUUAAAACGUGUUAAGAUAGAGAAGUGAAAUAAGAUUGCAAUGAGACUUCUGCUACAUUAGUUUAUGUUGCAAGUUUUGCUAUUUAUGAUGUUUAAAAGAGUUAAUUACAUUGUUUGUUUUGGUAUUAAGUAAACUCGGAUGACCAAUUUUAAUAUUAUUCAACGAUCUAUUUUGAUUUUA